AUGCGGGCUACUCAGGCCUUCUCGUCACUUUUCUGUACUAUAUCCCUAACAUCAGCAUCUUUUUCUAUAGCACAGCAAACAGUCCUAGGAGUUAAUCAGCUCAACGGAAAAUGGCAUUACAAGGGUUGUUAUGUUGACGCUGGCCGGACGAUCAAUGUGGCUGCAACUACUUCGGAUACAUCGACCCCGGAGAGCUGUGUCGAGUUCUGCGAUAGUAGGGGGUUUUCUUACGCUGGAGCUAAAUAUCAUAACGAAUGCUACUGCGGGAAUGAACUAGCCAAUGAAGCCGUAGGAGUUAAAGAUUCGAGAAAAUGCCCAACAGGUUGCUCGGACGAUAACAUAGAAGCAUGUGGAGGUUCAAACUGGUUUACCUUAUUCUUCAACCCGUAUAGCGCAGGUCCCAGGCCAAAUAUCGACAUUCCAGACUGGAUAUAUAUUGGCUGCUACUCCGAGGGAAUUGACGGCCGGUGCUUAACGUACAAGGCACCAAUCUCUACCACACCGGUCAACGCAAAGAGCUGUACAUCUGUAUGUCGUGCAGCUGGUUACACCUUUGCCGGUACCAAGAAUGGCGACGAAUGCUAUUGCAGCAAUACUAUUGCAAAUGGCGCCGUAUUAUCCGAUGGCUGUGAUACGGCUUGUAAGGCAAAUAAUUCCGAGGUAUGCGGGGGACCUGACCGCUUGAAUGUAUAUAACUUCAAGAGUACCUCGUAUAGCAGACCCACCAGGACCAGCUCCAGGCCUAUCCCUAAAACGCUCUCUGGCACUCUCUUAAAAGCGACGAGCUUGUCCAUCGUUGCUCAUUCAAUUGCCCCGAGAGAUGUCACUACUGAGCCAAUUGUUACUAGCACAAGAAGCGCUUCAUCCGCAAGCUCAAGUCCUACGGCGCCUUCGCAGCCCUCCGUCAUAGGUGAUUACAUUUGGUAUGGCUGCCAGACUGAAGCCACCAACAUCCGUGCACUGAGCCUGUAUACCUACGCCAAUGAUACUAUGACAUUAGAUAGCUGCCAGGCUUUCUGCAACGACAAGGGGACGACGUACUUUGGUGUUGAGUAUGCCCGCGAAUGCUACUGUGGCAACAAAUUUGAAACAGGUUCUGUUGAAGCUCCUGAAAGCGACUGCAGUAUGCUUUGUGCUGGGGACCAAUGGACAUAUUGCGGCAGUGGCAAUCGCCUAUCUGUAUAUAUAAAAAACGGAACUUCGGUCUCGACAACUACUAGUGGUUCGAGUCCGACUGGUAGAGAUCCUGGGACACCAGAACCUACAGGAUUUCCUGAUGGCUGGACCGACCAGGGCUGCUGGCAAGACGGGCCCAAUGGUCGUAUCAUGCCAACUUUCCAAGCUCCCGACGACCCUGAGUUGACGCCACAGAAAUGUGUGCAACUCUGUGCUAAUGACAACUAUACGGUAGCGGGAACCGAGUACUAUACGCAGUGCUUCUGUAGCAAUGCUAUCUACAAUGGUGGCGUCCGAGGCAAAGACACUUCGAAAUGCUCGACACCCUGCAAAGGUAAUAGUCAAGUCAUGUGCGGAGGUGCCGGAUACUUGUCUAUCUACUCGAAGGGUACACCGCAGACGUUCAAAGAACCCGCUCCGCUAAAAGAAGUGAACGGUACUUGGACGUAUCAAGGCUGUUAUGAGGAUAAUGUUAAUAAUCAGCGGACCCUUUUUUGGUCCUUAAGGUUCCCUACCCCCAUGACCACUGAGCAAUGUCUAGGGAAAUGCGCUUCUUUCGGCUAUGCCGCCGGCGGUAUGGAGUAUGGGGAAGAAUGUUACUGUGGUGACCCAAUGGAUGUUGCUGCUUCCGGUGCCACUAUAAGGCCUGAGAGCGAAUGCAAUAUCGCAUGUGCCGGAAAUGCUUCUGCAAUAUGCGGAGGUGGUGCUCGGCUUUCAAUGUACUAUUGGACUGGUAAAACGCCCCUUUACGUGUUUAAUUACCCCGAAGGAAAUGAUGCGGGUUCCUACUCCAACCUAGUCGGCGGUGUUAUUACCCCUCUAAUGACCAUGCAAUCGAUCACCGGCAAGGUUACCUUCUUGGAGAAAUGGGGAACUGGCGCAGCAAAUAGCACGGGGGCCUAUGAACUAGACCUUAGCCGACUCGACGAUUUCGAUGCUGCCUGGAGGACCAUGCACGUUAAGACUGAUAUCUUCUGCUCUGCGGGAGUCAUUCUGCCCGAUAAGGCAGGACGACAGCUUACCGUCGGUGGCUGGUCCCUCGAUUCGACAUACGGUAUCCGUCUAUACGCGCCUGAUGGAUCGGACGGCGUAAAGGGUACAAACGACUGGGAAGAAGAUGUUAAUACUCUAAAGCUUCAGAGAGGACGAUGGUACCCGAGCGCUAUGCUUAUGGCAAACGGGUCCAUUUUAGUCGUGGGUGGUGAGAUUGGUUCAAACGACAAGCCCGAACCUUCUCUUGAGAUUCUUCCUAAAGUUGGCCCCUAUCUUUACAUGGACUGGCUUGAACGUACAGAUCCGAACAAUCUAUAUCCGUUUUUGGCAGUCCUUCCCGGUGGUGGCAUUUUCGUUGCGUACUGGAACGAAGCCAGAAUCCUAGACGAAGUUACCUUUGACACGAUACAGACUUUACCAAACAUGCCUGGCGCUGUCAACGAUGACCUUGGGGGCCGUACCUAUCCUCUUGAGGGAGCUGCUGUUCUAUUGCCCCAGUUUGCCCCUUAUACGGAUCCUCUUGGUAUCCUCUUAUGCGGCGGUUCGACUGAUGGCCAUUCUGCUCUCGACAACUGCGUAUCUAUGUAUCCCGAAGCGCCCAACCCCGAGUGGGCUCUUGAGCGUAUGCCUUCCAAGCGUGUCAUGAGUUGCAUGGCACCCUUGCCAGAUGGAACCUAUCUCAUUGCCAACGGCGCCCACGAAGGCGUUGCCGGUUUCGGUCUUGCGGAUGACCCCAACUACAACGCCAUCCUCUAUGACCCGUUUAAGCCUAUUGGCUCCCGUAUGUCCGUCAUGGCCAACACAACUGUCGCACGUCUCUAUCACAGCGAAGCUAUCACUCUCCUCGACGGCCGCGUCCUAAUUACGGGCUCCGACCCCCAGGACGGCAAACACCCCCAGGAGAUCCGCGUUGAAGUCUUCACGCCACCAUACCUCUACAGCAAUAAACCACGCCCGUCAUUCACCAUCACGAACAAAGAUUGGGAUUACAACGACGAAGUCAGCUUCGAGCUGGGCGAGGAACCCGAGGGAGAGAUCAAAGUCUCGCUGCUCGGCGCGGUAUCUAGCACUCAUGGCAAUUCGAUGGGAGCGCGAACCCUGUUUCCGGAUGUUUCGUGCUCCGGCACUAAGUGUACCGUCGUCGCACCCCCGAGAAUGUAUGUCUUGCAAGAUAACAUACCGGCUGUCGGUACCUAUGUUCGUAUCGGAGGCGACCCAGGUAAGCUUGGAAAUUGGCCGCCAGGCGAUGACUUUACUCGCCCGGGCGUCUGA